UGACAUGUUUUUGUCGCAAUAACAAUUCGGAAGUCGGAUUUCUGGAAUGUAUUAUUUAUUUGGUUGACAAAAUACAGACUGUAUUUUGUUAUUAUUCCUAAUAAAACUACAAAGGCUUAUAAAAAUUAUUACAAUGAUUAAUAUUGACCGUGUCGCGUAUCUAGAAGUUACGUUGCAUUAGACGUACAAAAUAUAAACAUUAAUUCAUAACCUCAAUACCAAAACAAAUAGAAAUGGCUACAAAAUUCGAUGCCGCACUAUAUAGCUUCCGUAAAAAGUGUCCUUAUGUGACCAAAGAUCUUCUACGAUGGUUCCCUGGCCAUAUGAACAAAGGCCUUAAGCAAAUACAGCGUACACUGAAAUCUGUGGAUUGUGUAGUAGAGGUUCAUGACGCAAGGAUACCAUUUUCUGGGCGAAAUCCAUUAUUUACUAGUACAGUAACAGGAGCAAAGCCACAUAUAUUAGUGCUUAACAAAAAGGAUCUUACAGUUCAAUCACAAAUACCUAAAAUAAAGGAUCAGCUACUAAAUGAAGAUGGGAUAAAGCAUGUUGUAUUUACAAACAGUAAAGAUCAAUUUUGUAGGGGCUUAAAAUCACUGACACCUAUAAUGAUUGAAGUUAUUAAAGAUUCAAACAGAUACAAUCGGAGUGAAGAACAAGACUUUAAUGUAAUGAUUAUUGGUGUUCCUAAUGUGGGAAAGUCUUCUCUCAUCAACAUGCUUCGCAGCAGGAACACUCGGCAGGCGCAUGCGCUGCAGGUGGGCGCUGUGGCCGGCGUCACACGAAGCAUGCACACCAAGAUGAGGAUCAACUCAAACCCCACUAUAUUUAUGUUUGACACACCUGGUAUUCUGGAAGCAACCGUGAGGAACAUAGAGAUGGGUCUGAAGCUGGCCUUGUGUGCGUCACUGCAGGACCACCUUGUCGGAGAAGAGAUCAUAGCGGACUAUCUGCUGUACUGGAUGAAUCUGCACGAGAACUUCAGCUACGUGGAGUAUAUGGGACUAGAGGAACCCUGCGAUGACAUCAACAAGGUUUUACUCGCUGGCUGUGUGAAGUACAACCUUAUCCGACGGAUCAGAGACUUCGACGCCAGAAUGAAAGAAGUCCCGAACAUCACAGAGGCUGCUAAGCAUCUGGUGCGAGCGUUCCGGACCGGAGAGCUGGGGAAGUUCUUGCUGGAUGUCGAUCUGCUGAAGAAAGGCGGAGACAAGAUGAAAGAGAAACUAUCAGCGGAGUGUACGUAACCAACAGUGAUUAAAAGCGUUGGUUCGUACAUCGCCUGAAACUGUGUGGCCUUUGCAAUGAAAUAAUAGGUUUUUUGUUAUGUUUCUCUAUACCGGGUGGCAAAACAAUAUGUAUCCCUUCCUUUUGUAUAUGUCAAUGUUUAUAGAUUUAAGAAAACAUUUGAAAAAUAAAACAUUAGAAACAA